AUGGCCAUUGAUGGGAGCGGAGCUCGAGCUGCAUUAGCAUCGCGUCGACUAAUAGCCUUGGUGGAUUUAGAUGAACCAGACAAAAUUGUUUCUACAUGGACAAGACCUAGUAAAUUCGAUGUUAGCAAUGUGGAAUGGAACCCUCACGUGACUUCUCGUAAUUUUAUGGCUCUCCUGUUGAAUCAAAAGGUUGUCAUUGCCGAACUUACUGAUGGUGCUUUCGAAGAAGUUGGUAUCCUAAGAGGCCACACGCGUGUAAUUAGGCAGUAUCGAAUUGUAUCAAAGUUAUGUACACAUACCGGAAUUUCUCAAGUGCGGUGGAAUAAAAGUAAUCCCAAUAUUAUGGCGACUGCGCACGAUGCAGCAAUUCGUAUAUGGGAUAACAGGAAAGGCAAUUGCCCUUUAUUAAACGUAACUGCACACUCAUUGAAAAUUCACGGCCUAGAUUGGAAGUAUAAUCAGGGCAACGUACUAGUUUCAUGCGGUCAAGAUUGCUGUGUUAAGAUUUGGGAUACUUCGAAAGACUUGACUACAACUCAUAAUUUAUCACAUACAGCUGCAGUCUGGAGAGCUCGUUUUACGCCGUUCAAAAAUGGAUUAGUAACCGCAUCAAUGCCGACAUCCAUAUCUGAGCAGAAUUUACUUUUGUGGAAUGUGUCUAGCUUUUCGAAUAACGUGAAACCCGCGCCUAUUUAUGCCUUUGAAGGAUAUGAUGGUGUCAUCGUUGACUUCAGAUGGCGUUAUCCUUUCAAUUUUUCAGGUGAUAAGUACACAUUGGUAACUUGGUCUACCGAUAGAGCUUUACGUUUAUGGACAAUUGAUAAAGAAAUGAUCGCAAAGUUUAUCGGUCCAGAAAAGGAAACUUCGUCGGAAUACCAGUAUUCAAAUAAUUCUGUAACUGAUAAAAGCAAUGAUCACCGUUCAAAAAUCAGAAAAUCAAGCUCGAUAUCACAGCAGAGACAGUUAGCAUUCGAUCAAGAAUACAAUAACAUAUGCUUCACUAGUUAUCAGCCAUUAAAAGUACUACAGGAUUUUAAAAAUCGUAGCUGUUUAGUAACUGGCAAGUACACUGAAUUCACCGUCAGCAUUAAUAUCAAUUUUCCGGAACACUAUCCGAGUGCACCACCAAGGAUAAAAUUUGUUCACCCUACUACUCUUCCUAAUAAUUUGCAGGGCCAGUUGUCAACGUCUCUGAAUGAAGAGGCAGCAAAUUAUAUGGGUAGAAACUGCCUUGAAGCAUGUAUUAAUCAAAUUUACUCCUUUCUAUCGGGUCGUGAUGAUCCCGGUAAGCCACCUGAUCCAUCCACGCGUGUUCCACCAGCUAGAACAAGCGGUGGUAGAUUUAAUUCAUCAGGUCUAUUUGUUAGCUUUCAUCGACCCUUUUCUGAAGAAUCUGAAAAGAGAGCUAAGGAAAGCUAUACAGAGGUUGAACCAAUUCGAAAGCAUGGAAACUCUAUUAUUUAUUCCCGACAAGUAUCAGUACCAGUUAAAAAAUCACAAAAGCACAUCAUGCGAGGCCAUAGUAGUGAUACUUUGGAAAAUAGACAAAAUCCAUCUCAUGUAGAAAAUAUUGAACCUGUUUCUUCAAACCCAAAAUUUUUAGAGAGAAGUGUUUCCAAUGAAUCUCGCUUAAAAUUUAUGGUGGCAAUUAGUGAUUUAACAAAAUUAGAAGUUGUCAACAAGCAAUUAGGAAAGGAUUACAAAUUACUCCAUAAUGAAAAAUAUACAUCUGAAGCAUGUAAGGCAAACAUCCAGUUGGCUGAGCUGAUUGGCAGGAGUGAUUUGAUCCAAACAUGGUCGAUCUUAUCAGAAAUUACCGUUAAUAAUCUGUCGUUUGAUGAAUCUGAUCCCUGGUCUUCUCCUUUCUAUGUUCAUCCAUUUGGAAGGAAGCUAGUAAUGUCAUUAAUUGAUUACUAUAUCAAUUUAAGGGAUGUCCAAACAUUAGCAAUGAUGAUUUGUUUACUAGGGGGAACCGGAUACAUUUCAUCGGAUCAGUCUAAGCGUCAAUGUUGCCUUUUAGAUCCAUCAAGAAGAAAACAAUACAUUUCUUUCAUCAAAUCCUACUCUAACAUAUUGUAUAGCUGGGGAUUUUUAAUUUCUAGAGCUGAAAUUAUGAAAUAUUUAAAGAAAGAUAGUGGCAACAGUUUGGCAGAAUUCUUAGUUCCACACGAAGUAAACAGAACAAACGAAACUGUUUGUAAGGAUUGUAAGCAUCACCAAUUUAGGUGUUCUGUUUGCAAUGGUCACGUAAAAGGGAUAUCCAUUUUUUGCUUCAAAUGCAAUCAUGGAGGUCACUAUCAUCAUUUAAAGAAGUGGUUCGAAAGCAAUAAUUGUUGUGCGUUAGGUUGUGGUUGUUGUUGCGAAGACUAUAAUUUUGUAAAUAUUGGCGAAUAG